UAUUCGUUUUAGGGAGGGGUGUCAUCAAAAUGUAACUGCAUUGUUAAUUCACUUUGUACGUCAACUCGGUAUUUAUAGUGUAUGAUAAAAUGAUCGGAAAUAUAGUUGUACCUUUAAAGGAACACGACUUGCUUGCCAAUCAUACCGCUAAAUAUUUGCUGGUCGUAGGCAUGCUGGUAUGUCAGUGUUAGUCUGAUUAUACGAACCUCUUUACGACAUCAGUAUUUAGCGAAUUAAUCAAGAAAGUGUUAAAAUCAAGUAUCAUAGUUUGCACGUUUGUAUAUAGUCUUUUUUUGUCAGAAAAUGAAGCUAACUUAUCACUCAUAUUUUUACCAUUUAAACAAAUACAUUUCGUUUUUUAAUCGGAAAACCAGUUUCAUUUAUAAGACUGAUCAGUUCGAUGCUGGUGAUGUUAUCAAUAUUAAUUGCAAUAUACAGUUGUGACAACCUUUACUCACUGUGAGAUGUUGCAAUGGUAGCCUGUAUCCGCCAAGUAUAUCGGUAAUAGUUUUUAGUCAGUGAAUGGAAAACCCCGGGAUGGAAAUGAUGAAGAAUAAGAGUUUGAAGCAUCGACUCAUUAAGUUCUCUCGGCGGAUGACAAGAUAGUUAUGUUGAAUUUCGAGUAUUUCAGUUACUACAUGAGAACAGGGACGUGAGAGGGAGAGAGGGUGUAUAGGCCAGUCGAAUAUAACGAUGGAUCUUCUUAUGAGCACCUUUGUAUACGCCAUGUUAUAAUACAAGACAACGAAUGGUCCACUGAAUUCCAAAGUAACAUAGUUGCCACAGAACCGUGAAGUUUUAUGCAAGAGAAGGGAGAAAGUUUAUCGAGGUGAUAAUUUGAUAUGCACAUAUCUACAAUGCCCAAUCAUCAAAACUGUUGUAUGGCUACUAUGGAGGAUCUUUGUCUAAUCAUUGAUAAGGAAACUCGAUGUCCAUCUUGCCAGAAGGAGUUGCAGGACCCCAAGGUAUUAUCAUGCUCCCAUACUAUUUGCCUUCAAUGCUUAGAAGAAACCAUCCAAUCUGCAGAAAGUGCUUUCAAGAUUACAUGUCCAAAGUGCAAGAAAGAUACUUUACUUCAAUCAGACGGACUCCAAGGUAUUCCAACUAAUGAUGUCAUUGUGUCUUUAUUGUCUGCAGUCAGUAUAUUCAAGGUAGAACACGGACUUUCAAAGAAAAUGGAUUUAUGGAAGUUUAGUGUGAAGGAAAUAGACCUUCCUUCCAAGGAUUGCGCAAACGGACUUUCAGCCACGCAGGACAACAGAGUGGGCCUUGUUGAUCGAUUCGGAGGCAUCCACCUAUAUUUCCCAAAUGGAUCCAUGGAAACGAUACUCCCCGAUCUACAGAAGAUACAAGGGGCAGUAUUCCUCAAGAGUGGUCGAUUUGCAGCUUUGUUUAAUGACAACUCUCUCCGUCUUUACAAUUCAUGUAGCCAAAGCCUUGGCGAGAGAUUUGAGACGAUGAGUGUUGAAGAUGGCGGCAGUAGUGUACUAGCCGGGGAAGAAAAGGGCAACAUAUUUGUCGGCUACCAUGGCAUGGGAAACGGUAAGAUCCAAGUUUUCACACGAGAAGGCGGUAAACCUUAUAAAGAGAUACCUUGCGUUGGAUUUAAAGUCAAGAAGCUACUGUCGGUAUCUUCGGAGAAUUUAUUGGUUGCAGAUAUUUGCUACAAUGGAGGAUAUAUUCGUUCCUCCAAAGUCAUCCUUAUCGAUGAGGCUGGAAGAGAAAAGUGGUCAAAAGAGAGACAGGGUGUCCAAGUUCAAAUUGCCAGUGGUCAGGAUGAUACUGUCUUGAUCUCGUGGCUCAAGUCUGACAUCGAAAAUAACAUGGGACUUCUGACGAUUGAACAAUAUUCAAAGGACAUGAAAAGCAAGAAGAUUUUGAUAUCAGAUUAUGAAGUUGUGACCUCUACCUGCCCUUCGUAUUAUCUACAACAAUACUUAUCUGGAGAAUUGGCAUUUUGUACAGCAGAUAAGCUGUAUAUAUUCACAAGAAUCGCAUAAUAAUAUUUAAGAAAUCUGCCAGCACCUAGCCAUACACAAAUUUUAAAGGCAAUAUGUGGUUGUGCGUGCUUCAUCUACCUUUAUUGUUUUACAUCCAAAUUUGAUGACAUUUUAAGUGAUAUGCUGCUCUGAUUUUUCUUCAAAUCUACUGGUUGAGGGUUUGACUUGGUUUAAACUGACUUGGUAUAUAUCAUAUCUAACAUAAACUCGAAGGUGAUUUUACUGUACAUGCAUUUUUGAUGUUAUACGCAUGUAAUUGAUUUAAAGUUCAGGUUUAUAUAUUUGAAAUUUACAAUGCGUAGGCAUGUUAUAAGAUCAUCAUGGGCAUGAUGGGCAGUGGUAGUUAAUUUCAUCUGAGGUAAUUUUUUUUUAAGUUCAACCUGCAAAGAUAACCUAGAAGGUAUAAUGGAUUUAAACGAUUUAAAUAUUUCAAAUUUCAAUACGCAAUGCAUGAUAUUUAUAUCCCUCAAUAUAAUUUAUGUCUUCUUUUUAAAGGCUAAAUAGAUGUUUUCAUAGGAGAAGAAUAAUAUAUCUGUGAAGGCGACCACACACCUUACGAUUGGUCUGCGACCCGAUUUCAGAAUAAAAUGUAGUAGAAUUGGAUGCUAAUAUUGAGACUU